AGGUGGCAGGCAGCGCGCGGCUCAGGCUGGCAGAGGAUGCUCGUGGUACGAGUGCUCGCUGGGUCCAGGAGGCAGCACAGAGAGAAGUGAGGCUGGGGGCCGGCAAGCAGGUGACCCCGCUGAGCGACCCCCAGCGCCUGUCCCCCAAGAGACAUUGGCCCAGGUCAAACAGCAGUUCCCUCCUUCACCCUCUGCCCGGAGGAGCCUCCCGCUCCUAGGCCAGACGCCCCUGGACAAUUCACCGGCGGCCCCCUUGGCCAGGCUGUCUGCUGCUGACUGCAGCCGACCCCUCGCUGCUGCUGAGCCAGCCUCACUGCCCACUCAAGACGUUUUUCGGGGGGUUCCAUUUAGCUGUUGACUUUGCAGCUGAGCCCAUUGACCGUCCAGCCUGCGUCUCUCCCUGCUUCCUCCACCCGCCCCUGGGAAAACGUGAUGAAAGCAGCGGCUUAGCCUUCCCCGCUGGCCAGGGCAGCAUGAGGGCCAGGCAGAGGCCAUAGGAGCGUGAACCAGAGCUGCCGUUCGCCAGGACACAAGUGACUCAAAGCCAGGAGAGAGGGAGGGGGUGGCUCGUGCUGCAGCUGGUGCCCCUGGGUCAGCCUGGAGGGGAAGAACAACGCAUCCUCAAUCGUCAAUAUCCGGGAGGAAAUAAACCCUGAUUGGCUUCAUUUGGCAGCUGGCUGGCAGUGGGCUCUGGAGGUGGCAGUGCCUCCUGCAGGUCAUAGUCAUGCGGUGCAGGGUUCAGAGACUCCAGUGACGGUGAGGAACAAAUCAGAAGCCACCGGCUAACUGGGGCUGUGCCCCUCGUCACCUGAGCUCCUUCUCUGCCACAGGGCUUGGUGCCCAGCCCGACUCCCAGCCUGUGUCUAACAGGAGAUUCCUUGGCGGCUGCCCUGAGAGGCUGCACUCCUCUGGGCUUGCUGCUGCCUGGCUGGAACGAGCCCUCGUCCCAUAACUCUUCCUGGGGCUGCAUCUGAGUCCGGUCUCCACCCAUCACAGCCCUGGAUGCUCUUUGCUCCCAAAUCCAGAUCUUAACUCCACGUUCUGCCUGUCCAUCCCACCACCGACUCUUCCGAGCAAGGACCCUGCCCAUCCCGCCCUGCGCCAGGAUGAAUGAGAUCCCGGACCUGGCGUCCCAGUCCUCCCUGGGGGUGGUCUCUGCCACCUGUGUCUCCAAAGUGGAGCUGCGGGUCAGCUGCAAACACCUGCUCGACCGGGACACACUCAACAAGUCAGACCCCUGUGUGGUGCUGCUCAUGCAGUCCCAAGGCCAGUGGAUGGAGGUGGACAGGAGCGAGAUCAUCAAGAGCAACCUGCACCCCGUCUUCUCCAAGGUCUUCACGGUCGACUAUUACUUCGAGGAAGUGCAGAAGCUGCGGUUCGAGGUGUACGACAGUCAUGGGCACUCCAGCCUCGGGACACACGACGAUGAUUUCCUGGGGGGCAUGGAGUGCACCGUGGGCCAGAUUGUGGCCCAGAAGCGGGUGACCAAGCCGCUAUUUCUCAAGUACGGGAAGUACGCCGGAAAGUCCACCAUCACAGUGCUGUCAGAGGAGAUUUCUGGCAACAAUGGCUAUGUGGAGCUGGCGUUCCGGGCCAAAAAGCUGGACGACAAGGAUCUCUUCAGCAAGUCAGAUCCUUUCCUGGAGCUCUACCGGAUCAACGACGACGGGAGCGAGCAGCUGGUGUAUCGCACUGAGGUGGUCAAGAACAACCUGAGCCCCGUGUGGGAGCCGUUCAAGGUCUCACUGAACUCGCUGUGCAGCUGCGAGGAGAAGAGGAAGCUGAGGUGUGUCGUCUGGGACUACGACUCCCGGGGAAAACACGACUUCAUCGGAGAGUUUUACACCACGUUUGAGGAAAUGCAGAAAGCGAGUGGGGAGAACAAGGUGCAGUGGGACUGCAUGAACCCAAAGUACAAAAUCAAGAAACGAAAUUACAAGAACUCAGGCGUGGUCAUCUUACUGGAUCUGAAGCUCCACAGGGUCUACUCCUUCCUGGAUUACAUCAUGGGCGGAUGCCAGAUCCACUUCACGGUGGCUAUUGACUUCACAGCGUCGAACGGAGACCCCCGGAACAGCUGCUCUCUACACUACAUCAACCCCUACCAGCCCAACGAGUACCUGAAGGCACUGGUGGCAGUGGGAGAGAUUUGCCAGGACUACGACAGCGAUAAGAAAUUCUCCGCCUUAGGGUUUGGUGCGAGGAUCCCACCCAAGUACGAGGUUUCCCAUGAUUUCGCCAUCAACUUCAAUCCGGAUGAUGACGAGUGUGAAGGAAUUCAGGGCGUGGUGGAAUCCUACCAGAACUGCCUGCCGAAAAUCCAGCUCUACGGCCCCACGAACGUGUCCCCCAUCAUCUCCAAGGUGGCCAGGGUGGCGGCGGCGGAGGAGAGAACAAAGGAGGCCUCCCAAUACUACAUCCUGCUGAUCCUGACGGACGGGGUGGUGACCGACAUGGCGGACACGCGGGAGGCCAUCGUGCGGGCCUCCUACCUCCCCAUGUCCAUCAUCAUCGUAGGGGUGGGCAAUGCGGACUUCACCGACAUGCAGAUCCUGGACGGGGACGACGGGGUUCUGCGCUCCCCGAAGGGGGAGCCCGUCCUCCGGGACAUCGUGCAGUUCGUCCCCUUCAGAGAGUUCAAGAACGCCUCGCCCACGGCCCUGGCGAAGUGCGUGCUGGCCGAGGUGCCGAAGCAGGUGGUGGAGUAUUACAGCUACAAAGCCCUGCCGCCCCGGUGUCCCAAAGCCGAUUCGCCCAACUCCACCCUCAACUCGCCCCAGUGAGGGACCACCCCUCCAGCGCCCCUGCCCUGCCGUCGUCCCUCAGCCUGGCCCACGAUGGACAAAGAAAUAAAAGGCGAAGGAGAGCAAGAGUGUGUCACUGUCUGAGUCGUACAGGCUCCCCACAGCAGUGAGCACGGGGCCCCAGGCAGCCUCCCCCACCACUGCCCACGUGCCACGCUGCACCCCCUGGCUCCCCCGGCCCUCUGAAGGACCCAGACAGCGAGCUGAGCCAGCAGUGCAAAGGCACAUAGGAAGUGCGGGGUGGGGGGGCGUGCCUUGCUGGUUUCUCACUCGGGCGGGGUCCCUGCUUAGUUUGACAAUGAGCUUCUGGGCGUGAUGCAGUGACCUGGCCUUGGAUGCGGAGAGGUGGGUGUUUACAGGGUGAUGGAAUCAGGCAGGCAAGGGGAGAGAGGGUGGCAGUGGCUGGUCAGCCAGCAGAGAGUGAGUGAGGGGCUGGCUGGACCAGGGGGUGUGGUGGGGACCAGAGCCCGCUGCCUCCAGGGCACAGGUUUGGUGGUCCCAGGAGUACUAGGAAUGGGAUAGGGAGCCUGGCUCGUGGGCUCCAGUGGCUGACAGCUCUUGGGUGAGUGACCCAUUUGUGCAGUGAGUUUGCUGGCUCUCAGGCAUCCCCAGCACCCAGUAUCUAAAGUGCUGGCUCAGUUCUGGAAAUAAAAUUUCUAAGUGAUCUGGGAGACUCCCUCUGACUGGCUGCUUCUCUCCCUUCCCUGCCUCCGGGGGAAGAGCAGCCAGUCAGAUCUGCUGCAGGGAAUACACACCUAUGCACCCAAUGUUGAGGCCCCUCUGUCCGCUCUCACACUGCAUGAUUUCCCAUCUUCUGCCCAGAACGCAGCUGGCAUCCCCAGCCCUGGACCAGCAGCCUCCCUGACUGUGGAUCAUGUCAGCAUCCCCCAGGAGUAGCCCCUGCUGCCUGUCAAAGAAACCUGGAGAGCAACUUGACCAUCCUUUGCAAUGGGUCUGGAGUGGCCUCUUACCUGGAUGGCUUGUGCCCAGCACAGCAGACAUGCCAGGGGCCCCAGUUCAUUGGGCUGAGGCCAGGUGAGAACUCCCUAGGUGGCAUGAGCUGGCCCCAUAACAUGGCGCGUGCGAGCUGACGACAGUUCUGCUGCUGCCUCUGUCUGCCUCUCUCACCUGAGACUGCCCAGAGUGGGGCCCAUGUCCUGCCCCCCCGGACUGCACUGAGCCCCAGGAGCAGCUGGUUGCUGGGCAUUUCCCAGCCACUCUUUGCAUAUCAUAUCCGAGUAUUUUAAUGAACAACAAAAAUAACCAGGAAAAUAUAUUAACCCCCAUCUUGACUGGCAGGGUCUGAUCUGCUAGGAGCCCCUCCCACCUCCGACAGCAGAACAAUCUCAUGGCAUGAGGAAAGAGAACAAACAGGGAGCUCGGUCCGACCCUAGGGAUGGCCGCUUUGCCGGCAUUGCCUCCAGCCUGUGCAGCGAAGCUGUGACAUAGGCAUGGCUAGGCCAAAGCUGCCAGUGAAAGGGAUCCCCGACCGCUCAGUGUUCCCACUCUCAUCCAUUUCACUUCCCCGUCAAGUGCAUGAUGCUAGCUGGGCUCAUUCACAUUGCCAGUGGAGGCGCUGUUCCCAGCUGUGCAUAGUUCUCCGUGUACCGCGUGCUUGUCUGUCACUUAGCGUCUGCAUGACGAAUCUCCUGUUCCUGCUGUAUGGGAGGAAUGAGCCAAUAAAGGCAAUAUUGUAUUCCCCCCUGUGUUGGUACAUUUUAUUGAAAGCUGCCUGAGCAGAGCAGAGGUUCCCCGCUACUUGGGAGUCCUCUGUGCCCCCCUCGGUGCACCAAGUUACGCAGUGCUGUCCCACAGCAGGAGUAUUUCUGCCUGACCCCCGUGGCAAUCAGUUUGAUGACUGAUGGCCCUUUCCAUUUGUAGCCUCACUGAUGUCUCAGCAGAUGCUUCACUUGGUGGUGAUACUCUUUUACAAAAAACCUGGGAAAUUCCCACCUACAAAACGUUGUUACCUUACAGGUCAAGUUGCCAGAUGGCAUACUCCACAAUGCGAAUGGGAAGCUGAUGUACUAACAUUUAAGUGGAGCCCGGUAGCCUGGUAGCCCUCUCAGCUACAAGUUGGCUUAUUCAUUAUGAUUAUGGUAUCUAUUAAAUGGAUUAAAAACUGGCUAACUGAUAGAUCUCCAAAUGCUCUAUUAAUAAGGAAUUAGCUGGUGUGUUUCGAGUCCUCAUCCCCUGAGACUGGUACUCAGUCUAAUGCUAUUCUAUAAUUUUAUCAGUGACUUGGGAGAAAACAUAAAAUUGUUGAUAAAGUUUACGGACUCUACAAAGCUUGGUGGGGAGGUACAUAAUGCUGAGGACACAUGGCAAUCUGAGUGGCUUGGUAAGAUGGGUAUAAUAAAACACCAUAGCUUUAACACAGCUAAAUGCUGGGGUAUAUAUCAAAGAACAAAGCAUGCAGGUCAUGUUUAUAGGCUGCAGAACUGUAGUGGGGGAAACAGUAAUUGACAAAGAUUUAGCAGUCCUGGAGGAAAACAACUGAUCACGUGCUCCCAGUGUGAUGUGGUGGUCAAAAGGGCGAUGGCGGUAUUUAGAGAUACACUUUAUCUCUGGACAUGGAAUAUAGGUUAUAGUAAAUAGUAAUACUGUCUACGGAAUGGGUGAGCUCUGUACUGAAACACCAUGUCCAACUCAGGUGUCCACACUUUUAAAAGGAUGUUGAAAAAUUAGAGCUCAGCGAAGAGCUCCAUGAAGGAGAUGCACCUUCCCAUGAGAGACUAAAAGAGCUCCAUCUCUAUAGCUGUCAAGGAAAAGGUUAAGUGGUGACUUGGCCACACUCCCUAAGCACCUACACAAGGAGAAG